AUGAGUGGGAGGCCGUCGUAUUUGUAUUUAGGAAAGCAAAACCCUAGCCGAGCAGAUCUCCUCUCUCUCACAGACUCAGAGAUGGCCAAGUCGAAGAAUCACACGGCGCACAACCAGUCGGCUAAGGCCCAUAAGAACGGAAUCAAGAAGCCGAGGAGGCACCGUCACACCUCCACCAAAGGAAUGGAUCCUAAGUUCCUGAGGAACCAGAGGUACGCAAGGAAGCACAACGUCAAGAGCGGCGAGAAUGCUAGCGCUGAAGAAUAA